CCUCCUGCGUUUGUGGUACAGACGAGCACAGAGCUGGCGUGCACCGGGUGCCCAGUAAGUGCAACUGUCUCCCUCACAUCCAUGUGGGAGAAGGGCCAGGACUUGACAUGGGGUGUCCCAGGGAGCCCCACUCCCCUCUCACACGAUCUUACCGGCCAGCAUCCAACCCAGAAAGCCCAAGGCCACAACUUGGCAAAAGCAACUCACCGUUUUUUCCCGGGAAAAGGAAAAAGGAAACCGAAACCUAAACUGAAAGCCUGACUGCCCUCUGCCUGCACAGGCUCCUUUCAAGGGUCUCCAAGUCAGAGGAAACUCCUGGAGCUUCUCAUUGGUCGGCACCGCUAUUAUGCUAAUCAGGGGGCAGGCCUAGCCUAUAAAGGUCCCAGCGGUUCAGGAUGGCACUACUUCUGUUCUCUGAGACCAGUGCCCGCGGACACCGAGGAGGACAUGAGCGAGUCCGUGAUGCUCAACAAGGAAAAGGACACGCGUGAGUCCGUGAUGGCCACAGACAAGGAAAAGGACGCGCGUGAGUCCGUGAUGGCCACAGACAAGGAAAAGGACGCGAGUGAGUCAGCGCGGUGUGGCCGCAAGCUGCCGCUCUGGCUGGGACUCCUGCUGCUCCUGGUGGCGGCGGGGCUGCUUGCGCCCCUGAUCUACUUCGCUGUCAGGGCCAACAGCGAGGCCUGCCUGGAUGGCCUCCGAGCACAGACGGAGUGUCAGGGGCUCAACCAACACCUGCAGCGCCAGCUACACCAGGCCCAGGAAGUCUUACACGAGAAGGAAGCCGAAGCUGCCACCUGCGAACAGACCGUGGUGACGCUGCGGGGCUCUCUGAAGAAGGAGCAGGCCCAGGUGGCGGAGUUUCAGGGAGAGUUGAAGAUAUUGAACCAAAAGCUGAAGGACGCGUUGGCCGAGGUGGAGCGACUAAGAAGACAGAGUGAGACCUCCAGAAACAACGCGUCCAGCUGCUCGAGCUUCCUAUUCGUUGUGGUCGCGGUCCUGGUCCUCAACGCUCCGCUGCCAUGAGAUCCCAGGAAGCCGGCUGGCCACAACCUGGACUGGUCUGGCUCCCUCUCUGCUUCCCUGUGAGGCUUCCUGACUUGGCCAGCUCUAAGGGGACCACAUGGCAAGGCGGUUGUGGGGGGUGGGGGGAUGGGGUAACCUAAGGGGUCCAAGACCGACCAGCUCUGGAGGGAUGUCUUGCGUGGAGAAGUAGGGGAGUUGGCCCAAGUCUGCCCUAGAUUUGGGGAGGGCUCAGGGGUGAAGAAUGGGGCACCCGCUUCUUGCUGACACGGUUUCUAGAAAGUCACUUUCUUCUGGCGUCAUUUGGCUAGAAAAAGUAAACACCCCGUUGUGGGGGGAAAUUGUACUCUCAAGUUUUUGGAGUGUUAUUGUGUCACCUCCAAGCACCUGGGGCCUGCCCUGUGGACACCUAUUGACAUCCAAACUCAGCCCCUGUGCUCUAGAAUGUUCCUUGGGAUUUC